AUGGUGAAUUUAGCAUCAACCUCACUUGAUACCCUGCCCAAGUCAGUCUCCGAAGCACUUGCUACCCCACAUUGGAGAAGGGCCAUGGAGGAGGAAUACUCAGCCCUGAUCAAGAAUGGCACUUGGCAUCUGGUUGACUUACCCCAGCACUCUGAACCCAUAGGAUGCAAAUGGGUUUUCAGAAUAAAGAAACACCCUGAUGGCACAAUCUAUAAAUACAAAGCACGGCUUGUCGCCAAGGGCUUCCACCAACGCCAAGGAAUUGAUUAUGACCAGAUCUUCAGCCCCGUCGUGCGCCUUGCUACAAUUCGAGUCAUGCUCAGUGUGGCUCCCGCCAAAGGGUGA